AGAUACCAAUGAUGAGUUUAACGCAAAGAACGCCGGUUGUGGUUCAAAGCAGUAAAACGUUGCUGAACUGCGUGGAAAAAGCGGCCCUUCGCCCCGGACCUGCUGGAGAAAUGAUCCGCGGGGCUGGGGAAAAGGUCCAUGUGGCCCUCGAAUCGACUGUGGAAAGUUUGGGCGAGGCUGGACAAGCUUUCAAGGAUACGCUGAUGACUGGUAUUUCAAAGGUAACGGAAGUCGGAAGUACUGGAAAAGCAUUGGAGACCACCGCUGAACUUGACGUCAGUGAGGUGAAACAAAUAGGCAAGAAUGUCGCCGAAGGUUUCAAGGGAUUCUUCCCAACAAGUUUGGGCCAAACUGAGGAAAAUGCUCGUGGCACAGCUGAGCAGAAAAUCGGCCAGGUGAAGGGGGUAGCUGCCAAUCAGCUAGGGUCUCCUGCAGGCAUCUUGGCUGAAGAGUUGGAAGCUUCUGAGGCUUUGGUUCUGUAAUUUGUUGUAAUUUUAGAAGAGCAUGUACUUAUGUAUUAAGUGUACAUAUGUUUUUAACUUAUUUUCGUGAGCUGUUUCAGUUGGAAUUUUUAGCAUUUAGUCAGCUAAGGUCAUUUUGCAGGUUACAAUGUAUAUAUGCUUC